AUGGAUACCAGCACGCGAAAAUUCACAGUACGGAGAUGGUUUUCUAUCUACCUGAAGAACAAGGCAGCAAGGAACAAGAACAACACAGGCUUCUGUCAACUAGAGGAGGACAGCAUACUGAAGGAGAUUGACAUCAGCCAUCAUGUUAAGGAGGGCUGUGAGAAAGCAGACCCCUCUCAGUUCCAGCUGCUCAAAGUGCUGGGACAAGGCUCCUAUGGAAAGGUUUUCCUGGUGAGAAAGAUCAGAGGAGCAGACAGAGGACAGCUGUAUGCCAUGAAGGUCCUGAAGAAAGCAACACUGAAAGUCCGGGAUCGUGUGCGGUCUAAGAUGGAGAGAGACAUUCUGGCAGAAGUGAACCAUCCUUUUAUAGUUAAACUGCACUAUGCCUUCCAGACGGAGGGAAAGCUCUAUCUCAUCCUGGACUUUCUCAGAGGGGGAGACCUUUUCACUCGUCUGUCUAAGGAGGUAAUGUUUACAGAAGAGGAUGUGAAGUUUUACCUGGCAGAGUUAGCACUGGCCUUGGACCAUCUCCACAGCCUGGGGAUCAUCUACCGGGACCUCAAACCUGAAAAUAUUUUAUUGGACGAAGAAGGGCACAUUAAGAUAACGGACUUUGGAUUAAGUAAGGAAGCUAUAGACCAUGAUAAGAGAGCGUAUUCCUUCUGUGGAACAAUUGAGUACAUGGCUCCAGAGGUUGUUAACAGAAGAGGACAUACACAGAGUGCUGAUUGGUGGUCAUUCGGGGUACUCAUGUUUGAGAUGUUGACAGGAUCAUUACCGUUCCAAGGGAAAGAUCGGAAAGAAACAAUGGCGCUUAUCCUAAAGGCAAAGCUGGGAAUGCCACAGUUCCUGAGUCCUGAAGUGCAGAGCUUGUUGAGAGCACUCUUCAAGAGGAACCCUGCUAAUCGACUUGGAGCCGGACCAGAUGGAGUGGAGGAAAUAAAAAGACAUCGCUUCUUUGCAUCGAUAGACUGGACUAGAUUGUACAAGAAGGAAAUGAGGCCUCCAUUCAAACCCACUGUGGGAAGACCUGAAGACACUUUCCAUUUUGACCCUGAGUUUACCUCAAGAACACCCACUGAUUCUCCUGGCAUCCCGCCCAGCGCAAACACACACCAGCUGUUUCGUGGUUUCAGCUUUGUUGCCCAAAAUCAGAAUCCAGAAUCCAGUGUUGCUACAGUAGCACCUUCUCGUCAGGAGUUGAGCAACAUCAGCCCUAUUGCAGAGCAUAUCCGUGGUGAUGUGGCCUUUAAUGACGUUUAUGAACUCAAGGAGGAAGUCGGACAGACGAUGACUUCUGUCUGCAAGAGAUGUCUGCACAGAGUUACUGCUGUGGAGUAUUCAGUGAAGAUUAUUGAGAGAGUGAAAAAGGAUCCAUCAGAAGAGAUUGAGAUUCUGUUAAGAUAUGGACAGCAUACAAACAUCGUUACCCUGAAAGAUGUGUUUGACGACGGCCAGUUUGUGUACCUGGUUCAGGAUUUAAUGAGAGGAGAGGAGCUGCUGGACAGAGCUCUGACUGUGCCAAUUUUCACCGAGAGAGAUGCAUCAGACAUCGUCUGCACUCUGACCAAGACUGUAGAAUAUCUACACUCACAGGGGGUUGUGCAUCGAGACCUGAAGCCGAGUAACAUUCACUACUCUGAUGACAGUGGCCUCCCAGAAAGCAUCAGAAUAUGUGAUUUUGGUUUUUCCAAACAGCUCAGAGCUGAGAAUGGCUUACUGAUGAUCCCCUGUUACACAGCUACGUUCAUGGCACCUGAGGUUCUGAGGAAGCAGGGUUAUGAUGCAGCCUGUGACAUCUGGAGCCUGGGGAUCCUGCUCUACACCAUGAUAGCUGGUUACAGUCCGUUUGCCAACAGCUCUGAAGACAUAGCUGAGGAAAUUCUGGCUAAAAUUGGCAGCGGUAAAUUCAUCACCACAGGAGGGAACUGGGACCUGGUGUCAGAUGCUGCCAAGGACAUCGUGAUCAAAAUGCUCCAUGUGGACCCUCACCAGCGCCUGACCGCCCCCCAGGUUCUUCGUCAUCCCUGGAUUGUGGACAGAGACCAGCUCUCUGACAAAGCUCUAACCAGAAAAGAUUCACUUACCGUUAAGGGGGCACUGUGUGCCACUUACUCAGCUCUAAAGCGUUGUGCUCCUGCUCCUGUCCUGGAGCCGGUUCAGUCCUCCAGCCUGGCUCAGCGGAGAGGGAUGAAGAAGUUGGAGAGUCCCAAAGUUGAGUCAGACACUAAAGAGAAGGAGCAGCCUCACCUAUCCAAGUGAAAAUAUAUGAAAUACACACCUACAUGAUUAAAGAUCUGGACUUUUGCACAAGCACAAACCUUGUUUCAAAGUGUAACACUGACUUCAGGAUCAGUUUCAGUUGACUCAAUAGAAAAAAAACAUGUGAAAUGAAUCCUAUGCUGUAGGAUCUAAAAUUCAGUAUGUGACUGUACAUUUUAACAAACUCAAACUAAACUUUUAUGAGCCUUACAUUGAUCCUCAACACGGAGGGUUUGAUUUUACUCUACAGAAGUGUCAUUACUAACUCUUUAUUAAAAAAUAAAUACUUGUAUAAAUCAGUCAUCUAGCUAUAACUUUCAACCUGGCACUGAGACAAUACUUUCUAGUUUGAUCAUGGCAAUAAUAUUAGAAGGAAUUAAACUGAUCUGAUAACUUAUAUUUAACUAAAACACAUGGAUUAUUAUUAGUCUUGCCAUGCAUGUCAGAGUACAGCAAGAGCUGUCCAGUGCUAACAUACCAGAUGUUUUCAACUUUGAUCUGUAUCAUAGCUUCAGCAGCUUGAGAAAUGUAUCUUGUCACCAAAGUCAACAUGCCAAAUUAUUGGUGCACUUACAUGUGAAGCACAUACAUGUACCAGGAGUUCAUAAACAAUCAAAAGUCUUCUGUCUUCCACUUUCAUGACUUUUAGAUCUAACAUUAGAUAUAGGCAUCUAUGUAAGUGGGGCGAUGUCAUUCAGAUUUUAAUGUUUCCUUGAAUCCAGCAUCUGAAGUCGGCAGAGUUUUGCAUGUUAAAAGUGUAAAUGUAAAUACCAAAGGGACUUACAUUAAUAAUGCCAUUAAGUCUUACUGUUGAUAAUAUGGUUAAUCAUUUUACUGUAUGUAUUGCUGUCUUCCAUAAACUCCGCCUUUGACUCUUACAAAGCUUAUUGUUAAAUGUAUUACUCAGUGAGCUAUGAAGGUAACUAUGUUGAACCUUUUUCUCGUUUUUUCGUGACUAUUCAAAAUGUUCAUUGGAUUGACUAGUUUGUAUAAGGAACUCUGUACUGUAAGUGUGAUUGCCCAUUUUCCUGCGUGUGCUUGUGUCCAGUGGUUGCAGUAGGCUCCUGUUUGCUGUUAGUGUCUGAAAGAUGAGAUGUUAAAGAAGCACUGUGUCAGAGGAUUGUACAUACUGUCUAUUGCUGCUGCCCUGGUGGUCUCUGAGAAGUUGUAUAAUCGCGAAUACGAGGUAAGGCUGAACAGGGCGAUUUGUAGAUAUGAGUAGCACACAUUGUGUUGUACAGUUUACCAGUAGAAUUGUAGAUUACGAUGCUCUAUUAUUAAGACGCACAAUCAUCAGUUAGCACUGUAUCAGCGUUACAGUAAGCCUGUAAAUAUGUUUUCCUUAACCAGACCAUAUUUGUUGUGAUGCAAUACACAACUACUCAAAGAGGAGCUGGGGCUCAUGCAUAUAAGGUUGUAGAUAUUGUGUAGUAUAUGUGAGUAGUAUCGCUGUAAAUAUUGUUAAUGGAUUUAGAUUGUACAUACUGUCCUGCUGAGCCACCAUUAAAGAGAUUAGAUUGUUUAUAAAUGGUGUUGCACAACUUUAGAUAAGCUGUGAGACUGUAUAUAUUGUGUUUGCAGAUAAUAUAUUGAGAUUGUAAAUAUUAUAUUGUGUUGUGCAUCCAUUGCUCAGAGUGUACAUACUGUCUAUACCUGGCCAAUCAAGAAAAUUAUUGGCGAGAAAGCCAAAGUUUUACAAAUAAAGGAAAAGACUGG